GGGGUUCGUAGGGGAUGAAUGUGGGAGGGUUCUGGGUCUCUUGCGGGUUGUGAGCCGGUGCACACAUGGCACGUCGCAGCGCACUUGCAGAGGAGAUGUUCUUCAGAAGAACCUCCUGUCGGCUGCAUUGCCCCUCGCUGUCUGGUGGUGGGAAGGAACAAGUGCACCAACUCCUCAGGAGGCACCAGAAUUGCUCCACACCACACGACACGAGAUCCAAGUCUGAUCUCCCAGAAGUUGCGAGUUCCCAUCGCAGGGUCUGAUCUCCAGGAGGAACCCAGAUCUGGUUCCGUGCUCUCCACGUUUGUUGUUUGCUGUUCCAGAAGUUGCGGCAGGAGGAAACGUCGUCGGAGCGCUCGCUCCUAACUCAGGGCGGACUUACAGAACAUCUGAGAUCUCCACACGCUCUUUUGUUUUGUCCUCUUUCUUUCUUCUACAAGCUGCUGCUGCUCGAAGCGCUUCCUGCAAUGGCACCGAUGUUGGUGUUUCUGGUUCACGUGUUUCUCAGUCUGGGUUGCGGAGCAUCCGAGGAGACAGUGAGGGACAACAAGCGCUCCGUCCAUCCUGGCCUCGGAACAUCAUCUGAUGGGCUGGAUGAUGGAGACCCAGUUUCUGCUCACAUGUUCAAACUUUAUGACAAAUACAGCAGAGACUUGUACCACUCAGCGGAUGGAAACACGGUGAGGAGUUUCAAAGCCACAUCAGAUGCCUUGGAGCAGAAGGCCUUGUUCCAGUUUAACUUGUCCUCCGUUCAGGAGUCAGAGGUGGUGAUCUCAGCCACUUUCCACAUCUUCUUUGACCUGCGUCUCCGGCAGAGGUCCUGGUUCUGCAAGCGUUUGAAGACUCCAGCCUGCCAUGUGCAGCUCAACCACCCCCUGCCACUGGUCCACUUGCUUUUCAGGGGUACCUCUCCAAAUUUUACUGCCGGGCAACUCCUGGCGAACCUCACUCUUGCUCCCCACCGUAGGGGGGCAUGGCUGACCAGAGACAUAUCAGACGUUGUCAAGGCGGCUCGGGCCACAGACGAGUCAUUGGUCACAGUUGAGCUCGACUUUGAGAAAAAAUCCUUGAAGCACCAAGGCCGGAUUUCACAGUUGGGUCCACCUUACAUUCUGGUCUACGCUGAUGACUUGUCGAUAUCGGAGCCAAACAGUGUGGCAGCGACCCUGCAGAGGUACGAUCCAUCGGCUGUUGGCGAGGAGCCCACACUUUCCCCCAAUGCUUCCCCUGAUGGGCGGGUCCGGCGCGAUGCACGCCUCUCACAACCCAUCCUGGAUAAUGAGCUCCCUGAGGUGGAGCACAGUGCCUGGAAGAACCAAGAGCUCUGGGAGAGCUCCUAUCUGGCACCAAAGCCAAAACCACUGGCACGGGAAGCUAAGAGACAGGGACAGGAGGAGGAUGGGUCAGUGGAAGAUGGUGGCAUGGGCCUAGGCGCCCCCCAGGUGCUCAGCUUUGAUGAGAAAACCAUGAGAAAGGCUCGACGGCGGCAGUGGAGCGAGCCACGUGUCUGUGCCCGUCGGUACCUGAGAGUGGACUUUGCUGACAUCGGCUGGAGCGAGUGGGUCUUGGCCCCCAAAGCGUUCGAUGCCUAUUAUUGCGCUGGACCCUGUGGCUUCCCCAUACCCAAGGUGGUUCGCCCAUCCAACCACGCCACCAUCCAGAGCAUCGUGAGAGCAGUGGGAAUCACCCCAGGGGUUCCUGAACCCUGCUGUGUCCCCGACAAGACAUCCGCACUGAGCGUCCUUUUCCUUGACGAGGGCAGGAAUAUGGUCCUGAAGGUCUACCCAGGCAUGUCUGUGGAGACCUGCAGCUGUCGAUAGAACCCAGUGCCAGACUGACUGAGUCACUGAAGGAUGAAGGACGCUGAGGGACUGACCCCAGAAAUCCAUCAGGGACCUUCCUCUCAACUCGGACCACGCUUUCUGAUCACCCCUGAUGGCACAAGUUUGGUGUAUCAGCAGUUUGCACUGUGGGGGGCAUCUUCUGCAAUGACGCAAGAAUGUUGUCCACACAUUGACUCCUAUUUUCCCACGUCUGAACAGUAUAUCGCUGGGACAUCUGAUAUUCACACUUUAUUACUUUGACAUUAUAAUAAAAAAGUUUAAUAACAGUGCGGUGCUGCACUAAUGUACAAAGCAUUAUGUUCUUGUAAGUCAGAUAUGAUUCCUCAAAUCAAGAGUUUGUGUUUAGCUGGCAAGUGCAGACAGUGAUGGAACAAAACUGGAUGUAAAUUGUAAUGUGAUUAUAGAUUUGUGCAUUAACUUAGCUUAAAAUAUUUAUCAAGUAGGCUAAACAUUGUGGCUAAAGAAGGAAUCCCUCUUUGUAAUUACUCUGCUAAAUCCAGCCUCCGUUGCGUAUUCGUUGUGUGUUCCAUUUGUCCGUUCCGUAGCUCAGCUUUCUCCCUGGACCGAAGGAAGGACACAGUACUCUUCCAAAAGCUGCACUGGAGAAAAUUCCAAGCGAUGUAAUGAUGAAACAAACCAAAACACCAUUUAACAGGCAAAUGCACUUAUUUCUGUACAGUGCAUUCCUGAAGCACAUGAUAAGAGGGGUUAUCGGAGUGUUGGUCAACAUGAGAAUUCAUGGUAAGUGACUGGAGUUGUCUUCAGAAAUAGGACCGGAAGAGUGUCGGGAUGUUGCGCAACAGGACGCGAGCUAUUUCGGUCUGUUUCCCGAUGCAUCCUUGAGGCCUUGAUGGUUGUGGGUUUAGCCGUGGUGCCGUUGUCUGUGUGAAUGAACAUGCGCAAUUAAAUGUUUCCAUACACUUUCUAUC